AUGCUAUUACUGAACCCAUUUUCAACAUUAGCUAUUAAAUCAAGGAAUUUAGUAUUAAAAAUAAAACAGUAUAAAAAGAGAAAAGAAUACCAAACUAAAUCCACUGUAUCGAGCUUUAAUUCAGAGUUUGAAUUUAAUGCAUCAGCAAAGAAUCUAUUUGAAAAGGGAACAGAGUACCUCUUUGGUAGAACAGCACCUGAGUUUGCUGUAUCUCAUUUUCUACAAGCAGAUAAGUUGGGAGAUAUGAAAGCAAAAGGCGCAAUUGGCUUCUGUUAUGAAUUUGGUUUGGGUGUUAAAAAAAAUUAUAAACAAGCAGAAAGAUACUAUCGUGAUGGAGCAGGACAAAACGAUAGCUUUAGUAUGCUUCGCUUAAGAUUCCUGAACGAGUAUGGUGCUCCUAAUAUCAAAAUGAGUCUUUUAGAAUCGCUCUUCUGGAAGAAUCAGUUAAAGAAUAAAUACGAUGCUAUUCAAUGGAUCUUUUAUGGUGCUGCUGUUCAUAAUCAUCCUGCCGCUCAAUAUGUUCUGGCGAGUUGUUAUAUGGAUGGAAUAUGCGUUGCACAUGAUGAAUCUUUGGCCUUUCACUGGUACAAGGCUUCUGCAAAGCAACUGAAUCCUCAGGCUCAAUGUAUGGUCGCAUACUGUUAUCAUGAUGGAGUGGGGACCAAAAGGGAAUUAAAGAAGGCGAUCACAUGGUUCUUUAAGGCUGCUGAACAAAAUGACUUGGUUGCCAUGUUAAAUCUUGGGCACUGUUACGAGAGUGGGAAUGGUGUUAUUAAGGAUUUAAAUGAAGCUAUCAACUGGUUCAAGAGAUCUGGUCAUUCUGGCAACAGACUUGCUCAAUUCGCUGUUGGUCGAUUCUAUGAAAAAGGAAUUGCUGUACAAGCCGAUAUAGAUAAAGCAUUAAAGUGGUAUACACUAUCAGCUAAACUAGGCUGUCCAUAUGCUGCAACUAGACUGGGUUAUUUCUAUCAAAAUGGUAUUGGUGUCAAAAAAGAUAGUUAUCAUGCCUUUGAUUGGUAUUUACAGGCUUCCCUUCAGGGCUAUGCAGAGGCGCAAUAUAUAUUAGGAAUUUUCUAUGAAAAUGGCAUAGGCAUUCAAUGUAGUUUAGAGAGAGCUUCUAAAUGGUACAAACUGGCCGCUAAACAUGGCUAUGAUGGAAGCACACAUAUCACUGUGAAAAAAAGCGAUAAUAGGAUAUUAAAGGAGAAGGAAGCUACAAUCUAG